AUGCCUCAUGGAAAUUUAUAUGAGUAUAUGCAGAAGUACAACAUCCGCUUUGGUCCAGUACUAAGGCAGAUAUGUGAGGCCGUAGACUUUCUUCAUAGCUACGGAAUAGUCCACCGCGACAUAAAACCACAAAAUUUUCUAAUAAAGAUAGUAAAGCUUGAAGAAGGGACAUCCAUGGUAGUUAAGCUUACAGAUUUUGGCACAGCAUUGACUGUCAACACAACCCCAGAUCUAAUGGAAUACCAGGAUGACAAAGAUGUUGGAACCAUAGCAUACCUUGCACCAGAACGUUUCGAGUGGCCUGAGGGAAUGCUAGCAAAGAACAGAACAAUGGAUGAGUGGGCAAUAGGGUACACUUAUGCAUAUUGA